CGAAAGUAAUCGACUGUAUGAACUGCAACAUGGCGCAGGCUGAACAGUAUGACUCAGACAGUUCUUCUGAACCUGAAUCUGACAUCAAUGACAAUUCAGAGAGUGAAGAUACAGAUGGAGAAAUCAACUGCCAGGAGUUUUCAGACAGAGAUGAUGGAAGAAAAAUCACACCCUGCAAGUAUUACAACAAAGGUAACUGUCAGGCUGGGGACAGUUGUCAUUACGCACAUGUCUGCAUGUACGCCCUGAGUGGAAACUGUCGCUAUGGGUUACAGUGUAAACUGAAACACCCCAAGGGUCAAAAGGCAGCACCUACAGCAAGACAGCAGUCAUCAGAUCAACGACACCCAAAGCUCACCGAUGGUCGCUUCUACCAGUGGCAGCUGAACGAUGGAAACGGCUGGAGAGACAUUGAUAACGACCAUGUGAUCGAGGCUCAGUUCUCCCUGCCCCACACAAAAAGCAUUAAAAUCUACAACACACCAUAUGGGGCAGUGACUAUAGAUUUUACCAAGAUGAGAAUUUACGGAAAGGACCUGAAAGUGAGACGUUUGGAUGAUGGUAACACGGUGUGGAUGUGGUACUGCAUCUUGCACCGCGGGUGGGUCAAGUAUGGAGACAAGGAUUCAAAGGGCAACUCUGGUCCUAUAAAGAGCUCAGACAUCGAGAGGAAGUUUCAGAGUAACCCAGCAAGUUCCUUUACAUUCACCGUCGGAGCCAACACAUUUGAGAUAAGAUUCAGAGAAAUGCGACAAAUGGGAAAAAAGAGAAAGAGGAAAGUUGCCCGUCGCCCAUUGUACAGACAACAACAAGCAGGAGCAGCAGUUCCUCAAGCAGCGUCAGCUUUCCAGAAUAUGUCUUUGGGAAAAAAACCACAGUGGCAGUUUGAGGGAAAAGGUGGAACGUGGCACACUUUUAAAAACAGGCCUGAAUGCCCAGUGUCCAGUGACGACAUUGAGAUGAAGUAUCAGCAAAACCAGAGCAGUAUGGCCUUCAAAGUGAACGGACAGCCCUACAAACUGGACUUCACAGCAAUGACUCAACUUAACCUCACUACCAAACACAAACGCAAGGUCAGACGAGUGCUGAUCUAAGAAUUUACGGAGAUUUUGAAGACAUCAAGAAGACAAUCUACAAACCAGUGCAAUUCCAGACUUUAUGCUGUAACACUCAUAUCUUGGUUUAAUUUAUUGCAUGUUGGAUUUACUUGUUUAUGGAAAACUGUUCUCUACAGAGCUAACUCGAGGAUAAUAGAAUAUAAAAUCACAAUAAUAUUCUAACUAUUUAAAAAUUAAACAACAAAAAAAGGUAGUGGUUUGUUUUAAUUUCUAUUAUUAUUGUUAUCAUUAUUAUAUGACAAGGCUAUAAAGUUUACUAAUACACAACUAAAUGCUGCCUAAAAACAUACAGGAUCAAAACACACUCAGUAAUGUUUGGUGCUUUUUACUCUGUAACUUCUAUAUUGAUCAUUGUAUAAAAUGUUAUGUUGAGUUACAGACUGCCACUUAAAAAAUACUGUAUUCAUGGGUUAAGUCAGAAUUAAUUAAACUCCUCUACAAUCAUGAACAGUUUUUUUUUUUUGUUAGUCAUAUAUAUAUAUAUAUAUAUCACUUUUUAUGUUGGUUUACACAGGAACACCCUGUAUUUACAUACUGCCUCCGUUAGUGUUGCACAUCACGUUACUUCUCAAUCAAAUGGUUGAUGUGCUGCUGUUUUGCUGUGACUUUCAGGGUUUUUACUUGGCAUGGCUUCUAAACUCGGAUAUUUUUCUUCAUUAUACGCAUAUGAAUGAACAUGUUUUCCAACUGAUUACUUAAACUUUACUGUUUUAUUCUAGGGUUUAUUCAGAUGCAUAGGGUUUAUGUUUACAUAUUCUGUUUAAUAUUCCACUAAAGCAAUAAAUUCUGAUCAUGAAUGUAUGUGUUCUGCAUUGGAAAUAAAAUGAAGUGACAAUUUUCUUGUUAUUGAAACAAUAAAACAUAACUUACACUUCUGAUCUGUUGGUUUUUGUGUUUUAACAGCACAAUGUGACAUUUAAUUAGAUUUAAUCAGA